AGGCAUGACAUCAACAGUAUUGGCACAAAUAACGGAUGAAUUAAGUACAAAUGUAUCGUUGGACAGGGAAUUAAACCUUUUGAAAUCGGCACACAAAAUAAUCGAUAAAAAUUUGAAAGUCAACGUGCUAACAGAUAGAAAUGAUACAUAUUAUCGCUAUGUUCAUCGAUUAAUGAAUUUAACCUUCAUCAGCCUGGAGAAAAACAAUGCAGACAUCAGAUUAGCAGCUGAAGCAUAUUAUGAGCACAUUCUUAAAGCAUACGAAUGCUACGGAUUUCCUGAAACUUCACUUAAAAUUUUGGCGAUGAGUAUUGAAAAGAUGAACGGAGCCCGACAAGCAACGAAAAUGAUCAAAUAUCUUGUAUAUUACCUGGAUAUUCUACCAAAACAACACGCUCCUGAAAAAAGUGGAAGGACAUUUUAUCAAGAAGUCGUAAAAAACUUUAUACUUAAAAGCCUGAAUAUUAAUCAAACGAUCUGUCAUCAAGCACUUGAAAAAUGGUGUGGCAAACUUAUAUCUUCAGUGGUUUGGCAAAAUGCAGAUUUAAAAGAAAUUACUGAAAAGGCUCUUCAAAAGCUUUGGUCCACACGAGGACAUGCGUCUCGGACAAUGGCGGCAGUGAUUGGAGCAGUUAUAGAAGAAUCAAAAGAAAUGUUUCGAGUGAUGUUCAACACACACCUUGACAAAGUGAUUGAAACAUUUGUUAGCAAUCAGGUGGUCCCUGUUGGCACAAUUAGUAUGAUCAGAAAGUCAAUCCAUAUCUACAUAAGUGGAAUAUCAGUUGAUAGCUUAAAAGGAUUAAUAGAGAUGUUGCUUCUGAUGAUUAGAGAUUCAUCGAAUGAAGUUGCUUAUGACGCGUUUGCAACUCUGGAAGAACUGAUGAAAGUUGAAAUUCCGCAAAUGGACGGGUUCGUUCCAGGCAACUUUUUGAAGUUAAAAUACGGAGAAUCCAUUUCAAAACCAGAAGAGCAUGUGGAAGAUGUGGAAUUUGUGGAUCCAUUAGUGAAUGCUGAUCUGUACGAACAACUGCAAGAAACAAAACCACCUCCAAAAAUCGACUUAUUAUUAGAGGACUUUGAAAAAAUGUCACUUAAUGCAAAUCGUUCGGUUACAAAUUAUGUAGUUGCCUUUCUCGGAAAAACGUUUCUCCUGACGGGAAGUGAAAAACUACUUAAAACAGAUCGCCAAUCAAAAGAUUCAAUGAAAAUUUUGGCUCUACGGGUUCUCAACGUCAUUUGUGCCAGAACAUCCAUAGAAAACUAUGAAGUUCGAUUUGGAGACAAAAAUCAACUUAUGAUAGAUGUCAUUUGCUAUUCAACUUCGACUGAUGACCAACUCUCACAACAAGCUAUAAAAUUUAUGUUUUUAGUUUUGCAACGUGGAACUGAAAUUUAUAAUGGUCUUGACCUCUUCAAAUCUGUGAAAAAGUUUCGGUACCUUUUGGACUCUGUCAGUGUGGAGCACGUGCUGCACUUGAAAAAUCAGCAACUUUUGGAAUACUUGGAAAUUAUGGCAUUUCGAUCACUGUAUUCUACACACUACGAUUUCAGUUUAGCAGAAAUCACAAGUGCAUGUGCAUUUAUGAGCGUAAUGCGAGAUUGGAUUCAAGUUAAUAACAUUAAGGAGAAUAAACACCUUGAAGUUAUGGAGCGGUUUCAAAAUUGUUUGAAAAAUUGUGUCAUCGAUUGCUGGGAUAGUCCACGAUUCAUCAACACUAUUUCGACAAUGUUAAAUUAUCAUAGCUCGGAAACCGCAUGCGAAGAUCAGUAUCCUCCAUCACUACCUCUACGUGUUGAUUUUCCACAUGUUCAUCGUACCUCAAGUAAAGCAAACAGAUUUAAACAAAUUGUUUAUGAUGAUUGGAGAACAACACUUCUUUGUGAAGCGAGAAUGCCCACCUAUGUGAAGAUGACAGCAAUUCUUCGUGAAAGUGUCAACAGUCCUGAAUUCAGCCAUGAAAAAGUUCCAAAACUCAGCAGAAUGCAUUGGAAUUCUGAUACCCUUCCAGCCGUUCUACAAGUAAUGACGGUCAGUUUGUCCGAUUCGCACUCAAAGGAAGAUUGCUAUCACGGAUUCCAUGUUGGCAUGUCAGUUUUAAAUUGGGUUUACCGAAAUGUGUUUAUUGUGAGAGGUGCCGCUGAGACAAAGGAGUUCCCAUUCCUGCAGCAUUCAAGAACUGAAAUGGAUGACACGCUAGGUAACAGAACUGAGUUUCGAGCAACUUUGGAUGCGUACUACAAAACAGUUCAAAGUUCUGCUGACGAGAAACUGGAACAGCUCUUAACGCCCACAAUAAAUCUAAUGUUGGCAGCAAUGGCACACGACUUCAAAACCUCAACUGAAAAUAUUUUGGAGAUUAUUGUAUAUAUUACAGUUCUUUUUACAUUGUCUCCGAUUUCUGCGUUAAAGCUGCUAAACGUUCUUCUUCGCUGUCUCCUAGACCCGAAACUAAUUGAAUCAUUAACAAGUGGACGCGUAUUCUAUUUUGCAUCUUCAAAUACCAAUAAUUUUGAGACGAAUGAUGAAUUCUUGAUUGAAGCUCUGAAGUGUGACGGCGAUAAGUAUUUCAAUAGAUGGGGAGAUGACAUGGAAGUUGAAAAAAUUAAAAUGGGAGCAAUGAAGGAAGAAAUUCUGGAACAACUUGAGCCAUUGAUCACACAAAGUUUGAAAUGUUUCCGAUAUCGAGGAAAGAAUGAGAAAAAACAAGUUCUGCAGAUCAUGAUUUGCUUGAUGAAUCAUAAACUAAAACUUUCUGACGCAGAUCCAACAGAAUGUUUGAUGAAGUUCGCAGUUUCAACAUUUGCAAGGCCAGAGGAAUGUGCUCAUUCUGAACUUUUUGAUACUCUCAUGCACUUCUUGGCAACAGCUACAAGGUUCCAAAAAGACGAGUCAUAUCAAAAGCCAAUGAUUGCUGCAACAAUGCUCAUGAAAUCCAUCGAAAAAUUAUCUAAUCCGGGAAUUGUGAACGCUAUGAAAGCUGUUAGCUUUGCAUUGUUUAAUGGAAGAUAUGAAUUUACCGAUAUUGAAGAGUUUCUUCACACAAGCCAUUCCACGUGGAAAUUAUGUAUGCAAGUUGCACCAACUGAAACACUUUACACGCUAUCAUUGCUGUUGGAAAAGAAUGAAUUCGGAAUGAAGAAUCAGAAACUUUUCUGGUCGGUCUUACGGGAAUGGACACCUCAUGAUAGUUUGAAAGUGGAAGUACCGUUCUCUGCAAUUGCACUGCCAGUCUCUUUGAUAACAAAUUACCUGACCAGUGAUAAAGUUAAUAUUUUUGAAAUAAUCAACCAGUGGCUUGAUGAUCCAGUGCCAGAGAAUACUCUCAAAGAAUGUACAAUUAUCGUUGCUUUAUACUUCACAUUAAAUAACGGAGAUCGUGCGAUAGACUGGAAAAGAUACUUUGAGCAUUGUUUUUCAAAAUUUAAUAACACCAAGGCAACACAUCUUCUUUCCAAGUAUGCUGACUCAUCGUUGUUACCAAAUCGCGUUGAAGAAAGUGACCUGGAUGAAGAGUUGACUGGAAAUGAUUCUGUAGAUAUUGACAAUUUACUCGAAAAACAUCAUUGCGGUUCAAUUCAGGAUCUCUGUCACUCAAUUAUUUGCUCCGGAGAAACAUCAGUUCUAGACUUUCUAAAUCUCAUUGAGAGAGAAUAUCCAAAUGACGACUCUAUAUGGGGUUUUCUCCUUGCGGAAUUUAGAAGAUUGGACGAUGAUUUGGAGCACCGACUGGAUAUAACUUUCCGUCUUCAAGAUUUAGUGGAUGCUCUCUCCGAAAGGUUCAACUCUAACAUGUUUUUGAAACUGUUAGGGAACACAAAUCUCGCUGGGAUUCACUUGAACAAUUUGAGUAUCCCUAAAAUCAAAUUGAUGUUCGACCAAGUCUCAUUUGAUUAUACGGAAGAUGGAUAUGUUUUACGCGGCAUUCGUAAUCUUCUGGUCAGUCCCCGCAUGCUCCACUUCAUUUCGGAAGACGAAUUGGAAACAGCUCAAAUGUUUCUGAAUCUCGCUGAAAAAGUGGCGGGAAUUAUGACGACAGACGCACUGAUCGCAACGUAUUCUCAAUAUCGGAUUGAUUUCCAAGUGAAAUGUGACAUGGAUGAGGCAAAAGUGAAAGAGAUUAAGAAAUUUGCGUUGUCAAUGUUUGCUUUUUGCCAGGAAGCACAUCUUAGACAUAGUAAAAGAUUUUCAAAAACGCUGUCAGCUUGCUUUAGACAUCCAAUACUCAAUUCAAUGUUUAACAUUCCCCUUGUGGCGAUGAAAUGUUUCAACUGGGUUCCAGUUGUAGAAAUUCUUCGAAAACCGACAAUAACGUGUCUACCACCAACCGGUCAUGUUUGUGAUGUCAUGGUGCUAGAAGACAUGAAGCGUCGACUUUCAAAAGUUGGUCUUGUAACGAACGCCCAAUUUGAAGUGUUGUUCACAACUAUGCAAGCUGUGAUUGCUCAUACUGUUAUCGGACCAGAAAAAAUGCAUCACGACGAAAAGGACGUGUUGGAGAGGGAAGCAAGAAGCUGCAAUGCACUUCAACUUUAUAUUGCAACUAUAUUAACCUCUUUGAAGUAUCCAAAUGGAGGAGAUCCAUCUUCUGGUUUUGUACUGAAAUCGCCAUACAUUUCGGAGUUGUUUUUACAAAGCACGGAAUUUGCACAUCUUUGUAAUCUAAAAAGCGUUUGGAAAUGUGAACCAAGGACUGCAUUUACAACACCGCUGGAACGUCAUGAUCAAAAAUCGUGGACCCAUUGCGAUGGGAAAACAAAUCUCUAUGGAAUCUGUCAAACACCGCUCUUUUCUUUAUGGCAGUUGUGCGGGAUGAUGCCUAUUGAGUUUCGACAGCAUGCUAACUAUCAUAGAAUUGACCACAGCGCAAGCAAUUACUUUCUAACGUCAGCCACCAAUAUCGACACGAUUUCAAAUGUAAAACAGCUCAUGAAUAUCUUUGAGUACUGGUACAGUCAGGGAAUAGGAGAACUUGGCGAUACACUGCUCCACUCCAUUCUCCACACAAUUCUCUAUCUGUCAGAUUUUUUUGAUGAUCCGGAUUUACACAAAGCAGUUCUGCGAACCACAUCUAUUAUCUAUAGGCAUCAAUACGACCAGAAUUCAGUUCUCUCAUCAUUUGUUCAUGCCAUGUUUUUCAAAUCAAUUGCUGUACUUGGUGCUGACGUGCAUGGAACGGAAUUCAAACCGGGCGAGCCUGAGUCUAUUGCUUUGAAACUGGUGUCUUCUGGUUUGUCGAAUGAUAUUAAGACUGUCAGAAUCUAUACACUAGCUGGUGUCCUCUACUUGGUCCAAUCUGAUUCUUAUGAGUCUUUCAUAUCAUCAAUCGACAUUUUGUCAGCAUAUCUUGAAAAGUAUUUGAAAAAACUUGCCAAUGGAUCUGGGAGAGUAGAGUCUGACGAGUCUCAGUUUGCAUUGGCACUGAUAAUCAAGCUUAUGGAGACACCGAUGCGAUUGAAACAAGACAAAAAAACGAUACUUAAACUUCUGCUUGCAUCGAUGAGAGUUCGUAGGGAACGAUUUAUUAUUGAGCUUAUCGCCGAAGGAAUAGAGCAGUUAUUGUGUAGAUCUAACGAGUUUAAUAAUGAAGUGAUCAAUUUUGUUCUUGUUGGGGUGGAUUCAGGAGACGCAACUCCAUUUCCAGCAGACAAUGAGUACUACUGCAGAGCUGUGUAUCGGAUACUGAUGGUUGCAGCAACAAGAGAGAAAGUAGCUAACGAUGAAGUGUCGAUGACACGAAUUUACAAUGCACUUCAGAUUAUCGGCUUCGACAUGCUCAGUCGUGGUGAAACGGCUCCUGCUAUCUCCCGAACACUUCCAUUUUUUUCAAUUUGUGUCAAUGGAGUGGAAACCACAAUUUCCAAAUAUAUUGAACGAUUUGUUAUCAAUGGAAAUAAAAAGGAUCGACGAUUCGUGUCAACUUUAAUUAAUCAGAUAGUUGAAACAGCAGCAACAUCAAAGAAGUGGUCUGUUGAACUGAAAUUGUAUCGUGAACGGCUUAAAUCAAAAUCAGUAGCUAAUGCCGACGAUAAUCAAUGGUUGCUGAACAUUUUAUGUAACAAAAUUGUUGAAUAGACUUAGAUUAUUUUUUAUUUUUCAUAAUUUAUUGAAUGGUGCAGAACAGUUGUGAUCGUUGUAAUUUUGAUCUCAUUUUCCAAUUUUGUGAUACAAUUCUAAUAAAGCAAAUUUUACAUC